UACUUCCCCACGACAGUCGCACGUAGCUCUGUCGAUUUCGAGCUUCAUCUUUUUAAAAGCUAAUUUCUCCCACGAUAUCCGUUUAAAAAGAAAUGCCAGGAAUGUUCCGAUGGAAAAGGCUCCAGCAAACCGCUACGCGAACUGCCAGAGUCGCCGGCUCGGCCGCCGAUCGCUCCCGGCUCGCCGGUCCACCACCGGUUCCCAACCGGUUCAACUCCUUCAUACACGUCGCUGCCUACCGUCGCCUCAGAUCCUUCAGCUUCCAAGAACGCUAUAAAUGGGACGGCGUCGGGGGCGAGUUCCAGACCACACGCAAGAUCAGAGCCGAGUCCAAUUGCCCUAGAUGCUUCACUCAGAUGGACCUCCUCUUCUCCAACCGCCAGCUGUCGUCAUCCCCACCGUCGAUCGAGGGAGGGAGCUUCCACGCCUUCAAUCUCUGCCGCAACUGCAAGACCGCGUACUAUUUCCGGCCGUACAGCAUGGACCCGCUUCAAGGGAGCUUCGUCGAGAUUGGACGGGUCAAUAAAGGGAGGAAUACGGUGAACGGAGACGAGAAUGGAAGUAACGGCGCCGAUGGUUCCGAGGAGAGGAUGAAAUUGUCUGGAGGGGAACCGCCAGAGAAUUGGCCCCCACCGGGGAAUGGGAAUGGAUUGGCGGCGGCGCACGCACCGCCGUUCACCUCGGAUGUGAAUGUGGAGCGAGCGGUGGGACCUGGCGGUGGGAGUGGUGGCACUGGGGAGUUUGGGGGGAAGGAUGAAUGGGGCGGGUCAAAUCUGGGUAAGGAUUUGCCGACGCCAAAGGAGAUAUGUGAGGGGCUUGAUAAGUUUGUGAUAGGGCAAGAGAGAGCUAAAAAGGUCCUUUCCGUGGCUGUCUAUAACCACUACAAAAGGAUCUAUCACGCAUCUGUACAGAAAGGGACUGAGGGAGAUUUGGGAAGUCCCAAGGCAGAAACUAAGGAUGAUGAUUCGGUGGAGCUAGAGAAAAGCAAUGUAUUGUUGAUGGGUCCAACUGGCUCGGGGAAGACAUUACUUGCGAAAACAUUAGCUCGCUUUGUGAAUGUGCCAUUUGUCAUUGCAGAUGCAACAACGUUAACACAGGCUGGGUAUGUUGGAGAAGAUGUGGAGUCAAUAUUGUACAAGCUACUAAUGGUUGCUGAUUUCAACGUAGCGGCAGCUCAACAAGGCAUCGUCUACAUCGAUGAAGUUGAUAAGAUAACUAAGAAGGCUGAAAGCCUAAAUAAUAGUAGAGAUGUAUCGGGAGAGGGUGUUCAGCAGGCAUUACUAAAAAUGCUGGAAGGAACGAUAGUGAGUGUUCCUGAGAAGGGGGCUCGGAAGCAUCCUCGCGGUGAUAACAUUCAGAUAGAUACGAAAGAUAUACUUUUCAUUUGUGGUGGUGCUUUUGUUGAUUUGGAAAAGACCAUUUCAGAAAGACGACAAGAUUCUUCUAUUGGAUUUGGAGCGCCAGUACGUGCAAACAUGAGGACUGGUGGACUAACAGAUGCUUUAGUGACAUCGACCUUGUUGGAAUCGGUUGAAAGUGGCGAUCUUAUUUCGUAUGGUCUCAUACCAGAAUUUAUUGGACGAUUUCCAAUCCUAGUUAGUUUGUCGGCUCUCAAUGAAGACCAACUUGUUCAGGUCCUCACAGAACCAAAGAAUGCUCUAGGCAAACAAUACAAGAAAAUGUUUAGCAUGAACAAUGUCAAGUUACAUUUUACAGAGAAUGCUUUGGGGAUGAUUGCAAAGAAGGCAAUGGCUAAAAAUACUGGUGCACGAGGUUUACGAGCUAUAUUGGAAAAUAUCCUUACUGAAGCCAUGUUUGAGAUUCCAGACAUAAUACCAGGAUGCGAAAAAGUAGAUGCAGUUGUGGUUGAUGAGGAAGCUGUGGGAUUCGUGGACUCACAGGGAUGUGGAGCUAAAAUCCUCCAUGGAGAUGGUGCAUUAGAGCGCUACCUUUCUGAAACCAAAUUGAAGGAUCCAGUGUGGUCUGCCUGCUUACGGACUACUUCAUAUUAGAAUGAGGCCGCCUUAGAAUGGCUUGGAUCUCGCACACUUUUGCCAUGUGGACAUGUACACUGGGGGGUGGUUGUGCGCAUAUAUAUGUCUAUGGGAGUAGCAAAACUCUCCCUUGACAUGCCAAAAAAUUCAUAUGGGCAACAGGAGCAAAAAAAUGGGGCUAAAAGUCUGAGAUCAUCAACUGUUUGACGUUCUUCAGUACUUCAGCUCAAUCUUCCCAAGUACUUGGAAUUUUCAAGAAUCAUGUUUCAUGAAGUUUACAAAAGAGUUGCUCCCUUGUCCUUGACCGAGUCUUGAUCAAUGGGAUAAGCAUGAAUGAGCUGAUAUGUCUCUGCCAGACCAAAACUUGCUGACAGAUGACAUUGGAUGAGACCCAUCAGUUGAGAUGAGCUGUGAGACCGAAUGUACCACCAAUGUUCCAAUCAAGUUGUCUUGGGUUUUUGAGUGCUUGAAUGAGCUUUUGAAGUUGAGAGAGAGAGAGAGAGA